GGUCCCGGGGGGGGGGGCGAGGCGGGCAUGGCGCCGCGGAUGCUGGGCAGGCUGAUGCUGGGCAGAGGAAGAGGCGGAGGAGGAGGAUGAUGAUGACGAUGCCCUGAGCAGAUCCACAGAAGAAGGAGAAGAAGACCACAUCUCUGUCCAAAGAUGAGCGAGGAAACCAUCCCGGAGGAGGUCUCCUCUUCCUUGCCCACCCAGAGCCAGAACUUCAACCGCUUCUCCGAAGAUGACCCGGAGUACCUACGCAUCCGGAACAUGGCCGCUGACCUGCGCCAGGACUUCAACCUGAUGGAGCAGAAGAAGAGGGUCACCAUGAUCCUGCAGAGCCCCUCUUUCAGGGAGGAGCUGGAGAGCCUCAUCCAAGAGCAAAUGAAGAAAGGGAACAACUCCAGCAUCUGGGCCCUUCGGCAGAUUGCGGACUUCAUGGCCAACACCUCUCCUUCCGUCUUCCCCACAUCGCCUUUGAACCUCUCCACAGUGACCCCCAUCAAUGACCUCCAUGCCACAGACUCUGCAGUCCUGGCCAAGGGAGAGAGGCUCAUGCGCUGCAAGCUGGGCAGUGUCUACCGUCUACUGGAUCUUUAUGGCUGGGCACAGCUCAGCAGCACCUCCGUCACGCUGCGAGUCAGUAAAGAGCAGGAUCAUUUCCUGGUUUGCCCUGGGGGCCUGUCCUGCCAUGAAGUUACAGCUUCUAGCUUGAUCAAAGUGAACAUUCUUGGGGAAGUGGUAGAGCAAGGGAGCACCAAUUUUCCAGUGGAUACACAAGGAUUUAGCCUCCAUUCUGCCAUCUAUGCAGCCAGACCUGACGUACGGUGCAUCAUCCAUCUGCGCACACCUGCCACCGCUGCGGUGUCUGCUAUGAAACAUGGCCUCAUGCUGAUUUCCCAUGAUGCGCUGCUGGCAGGAGAGAUGGUGUAUUUUGACUUCAAUGGUGAGAUGGAGGAAGAAGCAGACAGAGUCGAGCUGCAGAAGUGUCUUGGGCCCACCUGCAAGGUCUUAGUGCUGCGAAAUCAUGGCCUGGUGGCUCUUGGAGACACAGUCGAAGAAGCCUUCUACAAGAUCUUCCAUUUGCAGGCUGCCUGCGAAGUACAGAUUUCGGCCUUGUCCAGCACAGGUGCCACGGAGAGCCUCAUUGUCUUGGAACGGGAGAAGCACCGGCCCCAUGAUGUUGGCUCUGUGCAAUGGGCGGGAAGCACCUUUGGCCCCAUGCAGAAAAGUCGCUUGGGGGAGCAUGAGUUCGAGGCCCUCAUGAGGAUGCUGGACAACCUUGGCUACCGGACCGGCUACGCAUACCGCCAUCCCUUUGUCCAGGAGAAGACCAAGCACAAGAGCGAAGUGGAGAUCCCGGCUACCGUCACGGCCUUCAUCUUUGAAGAGGAGGGGGCCCCCAUCUCCACCCUCCGGCAGCAUGCCCAGAAGCAGCAGAAAGAAAAGACCCGCUGGCUAAACACCCCAAAUACCUACCUGCGGGUGAAUGUGGCCGAGGAGAGCCAAGGGAUGGCCGGCAGCCAGAGGACCAAAACCACCUGGAUGAAAGCUGAUGAGGUGGAAAAAUCCAGUAGCGGAACACCAAUCCGAAUUGAAAACCCAAACCAAUUUGUGCCUCUCUAUACAGACCCACAAGAAGUCCUGGAAAUGAGGAACAAGAUUCGAGAACAAAACCGCCAGGAAGUGAAGUCUGCAGGGCCCCAAUCCCAGCUCCUUGCCAGCGUGAUCGCAGAGAAGAGCAGAAGCCCGUCAACGGAGAGUAACUUGGCUGACGGAGAGGUGAAAGACGAGGUUCAGGCAGACACUGUUCUCGAACCCGAGCCCCCAAACCCGUUCAGCCAGCUCACAGACCAGGAAUUAGAGGAAUACAAGAAAGAAGUGGAGAGAAAGAAGUUGGGUCUCGAUGGUGAGAAGGACACCAGCCUGGAGGAAGAGGUGACUUCUUCAGUGACCACCACAGAACACAGCCCCAACAAGCCAGCGGUCAAAAGCCCACCCAUGUCCCCCUCCAAGUCUUCGGAAGGUGGGAAGAAGGUGGACAGUGGCCAGGCGCCCGCUGACCCCUCCGCAGAGCCUGAGGCAGCAGUGGUGGUGAACGGCAAAGAGGAGGACCAAACCGUAGAGGAACUCCUUAGCAAGGAGCUGAGCCAGAUGACCACCAACGCGGACACAGACGCCCCUAAGGACAAAACUGAGACGGUCACCAGUGGCCCUGUGUCCCCAGACGGUUCUCCAUCCAAGUCUCCUUCCAAGAAGAAAAAGAAAUUCCGGGCCCCUUCCUUCCUGAAAAAGAGCAAAAAGAAAGAGAAGGUCGAGUCCUGAGUUACUCCUUCCUGAGUAACCUCUUCCCCUCCUCGUCCUUGUCCUCCUCCUCCUCCACCUCCUCUUACCUUCUGCCACUCUUGCUGCAAAAUCAUGGGAGCGAUGGGCAGAUCGGUCUCCUUGCGAUGGCGUAUCUUUGGAUGGCAACCACUCGGAGCGGAGUUGAGGGGCCAGGAAUGGAUUUGUUGGCCUUUGGGGAAAGUGACAUGGUUUGUAAGACGUUCUUCUUCCUCCUCCUCCUCUUCCUCUGCCACUCGUCCUCAUUCAUCCAAGGAUACAAGGGAGAGAAGGAAUUACGUUCUGCUCUUCUUCAUGCACCGUUGAAGGCAGAGUGUCAACCACUUCCGAUGUAUCUCUCUCUUUGCAUGGAUGCUGCAAGCCAUUGAAGUCCUGCGGUGGGACCUUUCCCGCAGGCUGCUUGAUAGUACAGUCAGGUCGGAGGGAGGGAGUCGUUGUUUGGAAAUAACAUUAUGCACGGUAAGCAGAGGAGGGGCUGAAGGCCUUCCCGCUGCUGAAGUUGGAGGGCACCUCCCUAGACAUUUCUUCUUUUUGGAUGCUUGUUCAGACAGAGGCUGUUUGCCACCCUUUGAUGAAAAUUCCUCUGAAAUGGGGGUGUCACUAUUGCUGCAGGGCGGCUGUAUGCAGAAACCUUUGGGAUUUCCUUGGUCACAUGGACCAGUCAGGCACCUCCAACGAGGGCGAUGUGGCAUCUCAGUGGUUACACCGCGAAGGUGGCACUUGACCGGUGUCACUUUCCUUGCUGCGUCUCAAUACAGCAUGGCUCAGUCUUGCCACGGAGCAAGGCUGGGUACAAUUAAGGGUGGCAAAGGGGAAAGGGUGAGAUUUUAUCUAUGAGGCAUGACCCACUGGAGAGUCCUCCUUGAGGUGACACUCAUGUGCCUCUCCCAUUCUUUCUUUUUUUAAAAGUACGGAGCUUGAGCAGGAGAACUCCCCAAGGAUUUGUGCCACAGGUUACUCAGCGCUGGGGUUGCACCACUUGGAUUUUCCACCAGGAUGACUCAGGUCAACCCAGGUCCUCCAUCAGGUUUACAAUCCAGAGCAAUGUAGGGAAUUAGCUCCGUUGCCCAGGCAGAACCAUCCCUUGAGUCUGGAUAUUUUUUAUAAAGAAGAACCUGAUCAAAUGUUGGUGCUGUCACACCCGGCCCUGGCGCAGAUCCCCACUCCUGCCUGUGCUUUGCAGGUUUUGGGAUGCAAGUCCCUGCCAUCUCCAGGAGGUGAAGGUAUCAGGGCUGAGAAGCAUUUGAGUGGCUACCAUUUGGCUUUAUGGAUCAAUGAUGACUCCGUAUGGGGCAGCUUUCCGUGUUUAUACAGUGGUGGUCUGUAGCUUCCCAACGUACUGCAAGCUCCAAAGUCUCUGUCCAAGGUUCUGCAUCAUCUCUCCAACGUAAGUUCGGAACCUUGGAUAAGUUUUUGGUAAAACCCAGGGUGCAUCUACACUGUAGAAAUAAUGCAGUUUGACACCACUUUAACUGCCAAAGCUCCACUCUACAGAAUCUAGGGAACUGCACUUUUCCAAGACAUCGGCACUCUUUGGCAGAGAAGGCUAAAGACCUUGUAAAAUAGGAUGGAGCUGCAAAACUUAAACUGGUGUCCAGCUGUACUAUUCCCACAGUGUGGAUGCACCCUUGGAGUGGAUUGACCACCUCCUGGACAUGGAAAUGACCAGACACCAGCUUGGCUGGUGAUGGUCAGACUUGUAGGAUGACAGACCUGGCAGGUGCCCAGCUGCAGGAUGGCAGCCCCAUAAACCUUUCCAUGCCUCCUGCUCAGCACUGCCAUUUGAUCUUAAAUUGCCUUGCUAGUCCAAUGCUAAAGAACAACAUAAGUCUCUACUAAACAAUCAUUAAAAAGCAGGUGCAAACCUCUAGUACGCAAAGUCAGGUGUCAUGGGUCGGGUCGGUCGGGGGAAGAAACAAGAUUCCCUCAAGUUCCACCUGCAUUGCAUUUAAAAUAUAACUCUUCACUUCAGUCACAUAAGUGCUACUUGGCAAGUCCGGAAUAAUAUUUAAAACACACACGCACACUGCCAGUCGUAGAAGUCGUGUCGUAGUAAUGCAUAGUACUUAAUAAUGCCAACGGAAAGCUUGUGUGAGUUAACUUCUCACUUGCUGCACUGUUAUGGGAUCCUGUCACAAUGCGAGGCAUUUCCAUAAGUGAUUAUUAUAUAUAACUUUGGCUGCAACUGUAAAUUUGCUUCAAAGCGCCGUUUUGGAUGAGAAUGUGCUUUUCUGUGUCAAAACGGCCCUUUCUCUGCUCCUCGUGUUGCGGUGGCUGAAGCGAUGUGGCUGUGGCCAAGUGCAGUUUUAACCCCAUGUGCAGCUGCAACAUAGAUAGGGAUGUUCGGCCUUGGAGGAAGCUCACCUGUGCUUUUUGAAGGAUGAUGUGCAGGUUGUUGGUGGAUGCAACACUAUACAAAGAGGCAUCUCCCUGUAUUUGUCUCUUAGGGGAAACCAAAUUUGCUCUAGUCCCAUGUGCAGAGAUUUCUCUGAAUAACACAUUGAAGACCAAUACACACCAAAGAAAGGAAGGAAGAAGGGAGUGGGCAGGCAAGCGAACCCACCACCUUCCUGUCUGGCUGGUGAAUUUCCCAUAAUGCACCAGUGGCCAACCAUCACCAGAAGCCAGAUAGUGAACUAGAGCCCUCCUACACCAUCUUCCCCCUUUGGCUUUUUCCAGCAUGGCACUCCUUGUUUUCCUAUGCAAGAGGGCUUGCUUGCAAGUAAACAUACAAAUAUGGCAGCUAGAGCAUGAACAUCCCUUUGGGCACAACCCAUAGUGAAGUCCUCUUGGAAAAGACUGGCUGAAAUGGGGGCAAGAGCCGCUUAGAGAAGAGUAGCUCAGCUCUUAACGGUUUCUAAACCUAGCAAAUAAAUACACCCAGCAAGUUACGCAUCCCAUAUCUGAGCCAAAAUGAAUGCUUCUGUCCGUUUGUGUGCAUACCUCUCUGUGUGCAUGCAUGCACAUAAGGAGUCUCUCGGUGCAUUUCACAGCUUUAAUACCAUUUGCUGAUAGAACAAGCAAUCCCAUUCUUCCUAGCUGAGUCUCACCUAGGAGAGGUUCCCUUGCCUCCUUGUACCUCAAAAAGUUAUAUUGGUGCUUUGCAUACAGAGGCUCACUUCUCUCUCAGAAAAAAAGGACCAAAUCCACUCAUUUUUCUCACUCGGCAACCGAUCCUUUAGGACUAGACCAACAGCAAUUUUUAAAUAUAUAAAUAGUAAGUGACCAGGGAUGCCCAGCAGUUUUGGAACUGCUAAAGCAAACAGCAUCUCUGGGUUUCUUUUGGUGCUUCCGCAGACCAACUAGUUGUGUUAGAUCAUGUGGCUUAAAUGACAUGCAGAUGCAUUGCUGGAGGGCCAGGGAUGGCUUCACAUUGUCCCCUUCUGCACACAUCUUAUGUUUCAGUCUAUAGUUCUCAGGAGCACUUAUGUUUUCUGGCCAGGUCACAGCUGGGCAUGCAAAGGGAUUGCUCUUGGAUCAAUGCAAGGGGCUUAAUCCCUGGUGCCUCGGAGAAAGUGCCCGGCUGUCAUGAGCAAAGCCUAGAAAAGAUCCUUUGCGAUCCUUUGUCAGAAUUUAGGAGUCAUAGUUUUUUGUGGGUUUUUCAAUGCCAGCCCCAGAUGCUGACAAAACGUCAGGAAUAAACUCUUCUAGAACA